AUGCCGAAUAAAGAAAGUUUUAUCGGCUAUACUUUUUUCUGUCCAGAAAAAGUGAAAUGGUAUACGGGGGCUGAUACGAUAUACUCCACCCGAAAAGGAAAGUCCUACAUCCUUUUACAUGUAGAUUCAUUACAGAAAGAAAAAGAUAUGUUGACGAUUGUUACUAACAAUAGACAUAUAAUAAAGAAAUAUAAUAAGCCUUAUUUGAUUAAUUCGGAUCGGCCUAUGAUGAAUACUAAAUACAGGAUUUUAAAAUACUUGACGAGUGUAUUUUGUGGGUUACCUAUUGAUAUAGAAACUAGAAACAAGUAUUUUUUAAGAAUAUGUCAAUUAUUAUUGGAUAAACUUGUAAUUAUUGAAAAUAAAUUGAAGAAACAAGAAAAGAACAGACAAACUACAACUUAUAUUAAAUUUAGUCAUGGUAGACGAACAUGGUAUUUGGGGUUUUACAUCCCAUGCUCGUUUUGUAGUAACGUCUGUGCUUAUAUAAUGUUAAGAAAUAGAAAAGUUUGUCAAAAUUGUCGUUCAAAGGUGAUAGUAACUCCUACACCUCCAUUGCAAACACAGGUCGAAAAGUGA